AGUUGAGGCUUCUAACCGUGCGAGCGUUGGAAAAUGACAGAUAGUCGAGAAGAACACCGCAAUCAGCAGGGUUUACGAGGUGAAGGCACCUCGCAUCCUAACCACAGGCCGUUGGCUCCGGUUUACAUCCGCUCUUCGGAUGCAAACUCUGUCAUAGCAUCUCUCAAUGGAGCUGUGGAGUCUUCCAAUGAUGUUUUUACUGGUGUCCCCCAGGAGGUGCUAGACCGAGAUACCUGUCGCAUGAAAUAUGCAGAUGCUAUACUUCGGGAGCUUGAGAAACAGAAUGAGAAGCAGGAAUCUGAUGCGAAAGACAAGUCUGAAUCGACUGAUGCCCAGAAAGGAUGCCCGCAUUCUGCAGGACUCAUCAUACCUGGUCUUCAAAUCGACACGGAGGAGGACGACAGGCUAUGUGAAGUAUGUCAGUGCGGCUAUGAAGAUGACGAAGAAGUCAUGGUUCUCCCGUGCCAACACUUCUUCCACAGCGAGUGUGUUGGGCGAUGGCUAAGUAUGAAGACAACUUGCCCCAAGUGCCGACACGAGCUGUCACCGCCUGCGCCAACAGAGCAACGUGAAGUGAUCAUAACGAGGACUACAACGAUCGAGUGGAUGCCGAUAACACAGUGGGUUCCUGCUAGCACGACAACGGUAGAAGUCCGUUCAGAGGUAGGUAGCGACUAUGAGACUGUUACAACCACCACCACUCGCCCUGUUAUGAUCCAAGGUCCAAGCAGCCUUCCGCAACCGCCCAAUGGAUUGAACAAUGUUGCACCUCCAAACAUGAAUGCAAGGCCUCUUCCAAUACCAAACUCUCUUCCGAACGUGAACGGCAACCUUAAUCCCAUCAAUCCUACCAACCUUCAGAAUCCGCAAAGUUCCAACGGCUUCAGGCCUGCGCCGAAUAAUGCUCUGAAUUCUCAAAGCUCAGGUCCAUCCAGCAACAUUCCCGUCCUGACUGCGGCAGAAUAUCAAAGGUUGCUAGAGAGAGCCAACGAAGCGCUUCAACAAGUACAAGGAGAUGGUUCAGAUGCUUCCCAAUCCCAAGCUCAUCAAUCAUCGUCAGCGGCUAGGAUACCGGUGUUGACUGAGGAGGUAUACCGAAGGCUCUUGGAAAGGGCCAAUGAGGCGCUGCAGCAAAGAAACGAGGACGGGAGUGAAUUGCCUCAUACGAAUACGAUCCCUGCUGGUCAAGGGCAGACUACGAGUUCGAUCGGGUCCUCCUCACCAGGCCAAAGUUCCAACCCGGCCUCCUUCGGUGUGUUGUCUCAAGAUUACCCAAGGCUUGACCGAGUCCCCGAGCCUCUGCCGAGUACACAAGUUGGACCAACACAAAGAGCAUGGACAAGUCCUGUUGCCUCGAGCAAUCACCCUGCCAACAAUGCUCAUCGCAGCACCAGCAUACAGUCCAACGCUGUGAUUCCUAUGUAUGGAUCCCCCGACUGGUCCAACAGCAGCAUAUCUCUCUCUUCCAGCGCAUGGCACGUGCUUGAAAACAUGUCCCCUCCCACCGGGCCCCACCCUCGCAUCAUCGCGAGCGCUCUCAACCCAAACAUUCCUACAGUGGAUUCAGGCUCUCCCACUCUUCAACCCAUCGCAGCGAUGGGAGCCAUUCCCGUCACCCCUCCUCUCCUCCCAGGAGGGCCGAUCUUGGUGCCGUCUAUGGAGAUUGCUUCCUCUCAAGUGUUCACUGAUGUCAACCCCUUAAUCGUCCUCAUGCAGUGA